AUGGAAGAAAAAAUUGAAAAUGGUGUUAGUUUGGUUCUAACUUUGGCAAAAAUAGAAAGCGAUUAUUUCCUCGAUAUUGCGGAUAGGCAUGAAAUUCGAUUGGUUAUUAAACAGAUUGACUUUAACUUUGAAAAAAGGGGGCCAAAUUACAACAAAGAAAGAGAUGCCAAGAGUAUGAUUUCGCUUUUUUUAAUAUUAGAGAGAUUCAAAAAACAGUUAAUAUUCGAAAACUUUGUUCUUAACUUUGUUGAAUCUGAGAUAAAUGUAUUUGCAUCUAAUCUUGACUUACUUGCAUCAGAUCUCUAUGAACAUGAAAACAAUAGAAAUGGUAUCCAUAAAAAUGCAAGCUCUGCGUCUAUUCAAAACAAUUUGUUAUGUAAGAGGCCUGAAUCUUACAUGUUUAGCCAACAGAGAAUUAAAAAUAAAAGAGCAAACUAUCCUAAAAAAAUAUCGAGAAUUUUGAAAAACUGGUUAAAAGAGAAUAUGAACAAUCCAUAUCCCUCAGAAUCUGAAAAGGCUAUGCUUAUGGAGCUUACUGGCUUGGACGUUACUCAAAUUAAUAAUUGGUUUAUUAAUGCAAGAAGGCGAAUUCUACCCUAUAUGAAAAGUAAGUAUAUCAAAUAUGAAUGA